AUGAAAAAUCUAACAUCAGAGGACAAGGGGAUUUACCACUGUGCAUCUGAGGGUGGAAGAGUACAUUCUUCAUUCAAUUUGACCGUGAAAGAAGGUGACUGCAGUGACUUACCAAUUGCGAUAUCAGCUCAUGAGGGUGAAAACAUCAAUGUUACUUGCAAGUGCCCAUUUUACAAAUCUACAAUUUGUACAAACACCAAGCACUUCUCUAAAGAACACAAAACCUUCAUUGAAUCUGGCCUAAUUGACCAAAAGUCAUCGUCAGUAAAAUAUUCCUUGACUGAAAAGCCUAAUGCAAAUACGUUUAAUGUGACAAUUCACAAACUGGAAAUGAAGGAUGCUGGGAUGUACUGGUGUGGAUUCCAAACUGGUGGAGAGAAUAUUGCUUUGACAGCACAGGUGAAUCUACACAUCACAGGGAGGCUAGAAGAAGUCAGAGGAGUUGUUGGCGGAGGUGUGGCCAUUGUGUGCAAAUUCGAUGAUCAAGACCAACUCAAUCAAAAGCAAAGGUUCUUCUGCAAGGGCAAUGCUUCAACCUGUCCAUACCACGGGCUCUCAAGCACAGACAACAACAGAGUUGCACUUUACAGGUAG